AUGGAUAAAUCAAACAUGACAGCUACCAAGAGAUAUAGGAUCAGGAAACCCGCGGGACAAGGCACCACACACAAGAUACGGGAAAGACUAAAUUUCAUCGACGAGAAAAAAUGGAAACAUUUUUCCAGUAGAAGAUUGGAACUCAUCGAUAAAUUUGGGUUGAGUCAACGUAAGGCCAGUGAACAAGAUGAUAAUAUUAAACAAAUAGCCACUUUAUUGAGAGAUGAAUUCGGUUAUUCCAAUUCAUACACUAACGAGUUUGAAAAAUUGGUUACCGCUGCUGUACAAUCCGUAAGAAGAAAUAGGAAACGUUCCAAGAAGAAAUUUUCUUCAGUGAUGUCUAAUGAUUCUUCUCCCACGAGUUCCCCAUCUUCUUCUUCAUGUUUAACAGCUGUUAAUUCUGGAUCAAAUGUUUCCAGUUCAGAAGAGGAAAUUUCGAGUAAUGUUAUUUUACCAUCUCCUCCUUCCAUUCGUUCAGUGGAUGAGAAUGUGGCAUACACUACUAUUACUCUCGUAUCUAAUAAAUCAAUGAACAAAACGGUUACCUCACCAUUGCCUUUAAAGGAACAACCAAUACCACCGUUGGUCAACAAUAACAAUACUGGAUCCAAUAAUGUGAUAUUGCCUCCAGUUAACGUUGCCCUCGCAAAUGUCUUACCUACCCCACCACCAUCCAAACCUAUCAUUCAAACGAACGAAGAUAUCAUUAGAUCAAUUCUUACUAGCUUAUUGAACCCCACAUCUCUUAUACAAGGUAAUGAAACGGCUGCUACAACUUCAGAUUUACCUGUUUUUUUAAUUGAAAAAAUAUUAACUCAAAUUCAACAAUCCAGAACUUGUUUAUCAAUACUCAAAUCCCAGGAACCUCAUUCAGCAAACUUGGAAAAUUUGGGGGAAAUGUCAAUUAAGGCUUCCAUCUCCUUUGUCAUUGAGAGAUAUUUCACCAAUCUGGAAACGGCGUCUUUAAAUCAAUUAACCACCACAUCCUCAUCCCCAGAAUUCCUUGCCAUUUUAUCUUCCACUCUAUUCAAUAAGGCUUCCAGAACUAACUUGGAAGGAUUACCCAUGAAUGAAGUUCAAAUCAAGCUACUUUUCAUGGUUAUUGGUUCCAUCGUUAGAGAUUUCGGAUUCGAUUCUAUCCUAUACCCAUUGAACGAAGUCGUUCACCAUGUAUUAUCCAAAAUUAACACUUCUUCCCCCGUGAGAAAUACCGCUAAUCAUACUGCCGCUCAUGGAUUAUCCAUAUUAAGCGCAGUUUCAAUGAAAGCUGUCAAGGAAGAAAAUAACGACUCAAAUGCAAUUAAACAAAAUUCCACUUUGGAUGACAUUAUGAACCGCAUUUCCAAGAGAUCUUCCAUCAGUGGUGUAAUUGGAAAUGGUAACGAAAAUGUUAAAUCUCCAUACAUGACAGUGAAGAUGGCUAUUGAAAAAGGAACUUUACCAAAGCCUAUAAUUGGUGGUUCAAAUUGA